UUGCCGAUAUCGGGGACAUCGAUGCUCCGACUCGUCGACUCAUCGCCGAAAGUCCACCUCUAGCGCAUACAGAAUUUGCAACGCCGCAGAAAAAACGCGUUUCGUGGUCUAUUUUACCGACGAAUUGGCUAAAGUUAAUAUAUAUUUUAGUUUCGAAGUGAAAACAGUGACAUAGUCACGAGAAAAGCUUCUCAGGCAGCCCCAUAAUUGCAAGAGCAUAACCCACCCGCUCAUGAGUAGUCAUAGAGACGGACCCGGACCUGAACUCGAUCGCAUCACAGUCAAAAUCCACAACAUGAAGCGAAGCGCCUCGCGCUCCCCAGGCCCUGGUCCAGGCAGAGGACCCUUGCCUCCCAGGAACUCCAGGAGUAUAGGACGCGGCUACGACAAUGGCAGCGGAGUGCCAGGCGACUCGCCCGAACGCAUCUCCCCGGAGCGCAUGCGACGCCGUUUGGAUAGGUCACCGAGUCCACGUGGCCGCUACGGAUCGCCGCAUAGGGAGCAGUACAUGCGGGGGCCGCCGUCUGCGGAACGCCCUGCCGCCUACAAGGUUUUGUGUGUGAGUGCACUGCCCCCAAAGGCACCGGACGAGUUCGUCGAGGAGACGCUUUACCGCGAGUACAAGAAAUUCGGGGACUUUAGUGUUCGCAUCGCGCACGACCUCGACGAGCGGGUGGCUUACGUGUGCUUCCGCACACCCGACGAUGCUCGAGAGGCAAAGCAUCACAAGCCGCGCCUGAUCAUCUACGACAAAAUGGUGAUGGUGGAGCCAGUGUACAAAUCGAUCCCCCGUCCUGACUACAGACCUCGCGGGCACUCUAUAUCGCCGCCGGACUACGAACGCUACCACUACUCGCGCUCGCCCAUGGGACCAGGUGGGCCCAUCGACCACCGCCGACCUCCGAUUGAUCCGUACGAUCGUUACGGAUCGUUACCGCAUAUGCAUCCGCAUGCAGUGCAUCCACGCGAGUACCGUCCCAUGCACCACGAGUAUCCUCAUCCACCACGUGGUCCCCCGAUGCACCGUGGUCAUCCACAUCAUCUGCACGGAGGUCAUCCUCCGCCCCAUCAGUAUCCCCCCAUGAGGCCUAUGGCCCCGCGAGCACCGCAUGUUCCGUAUGAAAAGCCUGAGAGCAAAAAGGACAAGUUUCCCAACUAUCUGCACCACGUGCAGCCCGAGGAUGAUCCACUCGCGACGCGCACUCUCUUCGCCGGCAACCUGGAGGUGACCAUAGCCGACGAUGAGCUGCGUCGCAUAUUCAGCAAGUACGGCGUGGUCGACGACAUCGAUAUAAAGCGGCCACCGCCUGGCACCGGAAACGCAUUCGCCUUUGUGCGCUACCAGAAUCUUGACAUGGCUCAUCGGGCCAAAAUCGAACUCUCCGGACAGUACAUUGGCAAGUUCCAGUGUAAGAUUGGCUACGGAAAAGUGACACCAGCUACACGCAUGUGGAUCGGCGGACUGGGUGCUUGGACCUCGGUGACACAGCUGGAGCGAGAAUUCGACCGCUUUGGGGCCAUCAAGAAGAUUGAGUAUCAAAAGGGAGAGCCCUACGCGUACAUACAAUAUGAGACGGUGGAGGCAGCCACAGCAGCGGUCAAGGAGAUGCGAGGCUUCCCCCUGGGCGGUCCGGAGCGUAGACUGCGCACUGAUUUUGCAGAGCUGCCGGGAGCCACACCAGCGGCCUCCUCGUUUAAGACCUCCAAGCCGCCGUACGAUGAGAGCGCACUAGAGUAUCGACGUCCGGAGUACGAUCCCUACUACGAAGAGGCACCUGUAUAUGCCCCCCGGGGCGGCUAUUCCCCCUAUCCGCCGCGUGGCGGCUACCGCGGUCGUGGUGGCUAUCGCGGACGUGGUCGCGGCAUGUAUCACUAUCACAAUGAUGUACACAGGCCUCCACACCCUGGUGCGCUGGGCGGAGGGCCCUCUUCGGUGCCGCCACCAGGCGGAGUGGAUGAUGAGUGGCGUCGUCCACCGGGCGAGUCCUACGAUCGGACAGCUCGUUCCAUUUCACGCGAACCUGGCGUUGAGCGUUCCCGUUCUCGUUCGCCCCUCAAGCGUGGCCGAUCUCCAGGCUCCGACUCGGACACCUCGACUCGACGCAACGAUGCACUCGGCACGGCCACCACAGUACCAGAAGUGGCGCGCAAGUGCGGCACGGUGUGGACUGGAGCUCUGAUUCUGAAGAGCUCCCUCUUCCCGGCCAAGUUCCAUUUGACAGACGGUGACACGGACAUCGUGGAGUCUCUGAUGCGGGACGAGGAGGGCAAGCAUAACCUACGCAUAACCCAGAGACUGCGCCUAGAUCCCCCAAAGCUAGAUGAUGUGCAGAAACGCAUCGCCUCCUCCUCGGCGCAUGCCAUCUUCAUGGGUCUGGCCGGAUCCACGGUGGACACCAAUUGUGAUGACACAAGCGUUCAGACGCGUCCACUGCGCAACCUUGUGUCCUACCUAAAGCAAAAGGAGGCGGCUGGUGUGAUCUCCUUGCUGAACAAGGAGACCGAGGCGACGGGAGUUCUGUAUGCCUUCCCCCCCUGUGACUUUUCUACAGAGCUGCUGAAGCGCACGUGCGUCAGCCUCACCGAGGAAGCCCUCAAGGAGGAUCAUCUCGUCAUUGUUGUGGUGCGCGGUGGAACGGCCUAACUUGGGCCGGGGAAGGGGAGUGGCAGUGUAGGGAGGAGGAGAGCUAAAGUGCUGGACAAACUGCGAGGUAAAAAGCUAUCCACAGGGCUCGUUGGAAAGCACACUCCCCUCCACAACGUAACUAUUAAGUAGAAAACCUAAUGUAUCUAAGAGUCCCCUAUCCAGAGGAGACGUGACAUACACGCAAGGGUCGUGUAUAUGGUGGACACCAGAUAUCCAGACAAAAUUGACAUCCUAGACAUCACACAUCCCCAUUCACAAAAACACAUUCGAUUCACUUAGCCAUAGAAAUAUCUACACACCCAUGCACUCCCUUAGAGAAGACCCGGAGAAUCGAGCAGACAUCCCAUAACCAGCAACAGAACCAGUACUCCCCCAUAAUCCAUUGUAAUUAAUCAAUUAUUGUUCUUUUUACAGUUCUUUGAGAGGCAGUCUGAUCCUUAAGGUUUCUUGAAAGUUCUCCCGUUGUGUUAGUGACAGUGUACAGUUGUGCUUAAAAAGUUGUGGAAUGAAACCCACAAGAAAAGUUUUUUGUAAUUGCUAUCUAAACUACACAAGUAUUUUUUUUAAUUUGUAAUUAUAUAUGAUAAAGUGUCCAAUUUCCGAAUGAAAUGCAAGAUAUCUAUCUCCCUUACGAAACAAUUCAGAAAAUAUUCAACGAGUGCAAAAAAGAGUUUUGUGUUAUUUUGAAAUUCAUCCUUAUUUCGAGUUGUGUUAUUUUCGAUACCCUGUUUAUGCAAAGUUUUAGUUUAAGACCGUAAAAUAGUGCGACAACAAGUGCACCCCCAGUCUGAUUGUCGACAUUACAUGCGACCAAACACCAGAACUCGUUUCUCAAGCAGAUGAGUAGUUAAGCAGUGCCCUCCGAGUUGAUUUCGUUGCUUGAUGCUUGACGCUUGGUGCAUGGUGCAGUGCAGCAGUUUUUCCCCUGUGCAAAAAGUGUGUUAAAUAAACAAUGAUUUCAAUUGUUCCAUUGGUGGCCUGAUGAUGCCUUCAGCUUCACUCGAAUCUCCUCGUGGCUUGGCGCUUGCUGUGGUGAGUGAGGUGAGGUGUGGUGUGGUGAAUCCGUGCUGUAUUCGGUCCUUCUGGACCUGGACCCUGUUCUCGAUCCGUUCCGAUACGUUCACCUUCCAUCCGAAUAGAGAACGUCGUGUAGCAUUCGCUCCAAAAUGUUUUCGCUGUUUGAAUGGGUUUGGCGAUUGUUACAUUGGUUCUCUUGUGGUUGCUCUCAACAACAAAGUGGUGUGGUGUGGUGUUUCGAUUAUAAUUUUACAAAUACAUAUAUGAUUUUCCGUUUCUGUGUGUUCAAGUGUCCAUUCCGGAACAAUAUCAUUGCUAGCUAUAGAUGGAUAACAGCUACCUAUCCCAGAAAAGAAAGUGCAUGUGUAUGUGUAUGCGUGCGUUGUCAAAUCACAAAUAUCGAGAGAGAUACGUACAUAUUUAUUGAAAAUUCGAAAAUUCUGUUUAAUCGAGCCUAAUAGAUCCUGAAUCUGUACCCUCAGAGAUAGUUGUACC